AUGUCCGAGUAUCCCGAAGAUCACCAGCAGACAAUGGACGGUGAAGCUCCCAGUGAAGAGUUCAUUUCGAAUCAAGAGGUUGAACAAGAAGUGUGGGUUGACGAAAAUGACCAGGAUGGAGACUUCCCUGUUGAGGAAGACGACGAAGACGUUGAUGGAAACGUCGAGGAAAAUAUGGAGGGAGAAGAUGGCGGGGAAGAAAGUUUGGAAAUCGACAUGUCCAACAACUCAAUGGCGUAUUUCGACAAACAUACGGACUCAGUGUUCACCGUUUUCACCCACCCUACGCUGCCGUUGGUGUGCAGUGGCGGAGGUGACAAUACUGCAUACCUAUGGACAUCUCACUCGCAGCCUCCAAAGCUUGCGGGAUCAAUUUCGCACUCGGAAUCGGUCAUUGGUGGCGGAUUUACCCCAGACGGAAAAUUUCUGGUCACUGCUGACAUGAAUGGACAGAUUCUCGUACACAAGGCUGCCAGCGGUGGCGCCAAAUGGAAGGAGUGCGCAAAACUUCAGGAAGUCGACGAAGUAGUGUGGAUUAAAGUUCACCCUACGGUGACUGGAGUUUUCGCUUAUGGCUCCACCGAUGGUUCGUCGUGGUGCUAUCAGAUUGACUCACAGAGCGGAGAGCUCGAGCAGAUCAUGAGUCAGUUUGCACACCAGGCUGACUGUACGAUGGGUGAGUUUAUUAACAUCGAGCAAGGCGACGCGAAUCUGUGCCUGGUGACCUGCUCGAUUGAUGGUACAAUUAUCGGCUGGAACUGUUAUGCCAACCAGCAAAUUUUCAAGGUGUCAAAAAGCGAGAUAAAGGGAAUUGAAGCUCCUUGGGUGUCUCUUUCGAUAGCGCCAAUUUCUAUGACCAAAAAUACACCUGUAAUCGCAUGCGGUGCCAAUAAUGGUGUUUUGGCCAUCAUCAAUUGCAAUAAUGGUGCCGUUCUUCAAUUGAGCACCGUCAUUGAGUUGAAAGAAGAUCAAGAGGAAAUGGAUGCAUCCAUAGAAUCCAUUGCUUGGUCGCCAAAAUUGUCAUUGAUGGCCAUAGGUCUGGUAUGCGGCGACAUACUGCUUUACGAUACAUUAACCUGGAGAGUAAGGCAUAAGUUUGUGCUGCCAGACUCGGUAACCAAACUGCAAUUCGACGGACCCACCGGCUACACAUUGACUGUGGCAUGCAUUGAUGGGAAAGUGUAUCUUUUCGACGCCAGGACUGGAUCAGAACUCCACAAGUGCGUCGGUCAUAACAUGGGUAUUUUGGAUUUCGCGCUGAUUGACAACAAUAAGAAGCUGAUAACAGCUGGUGACGAAGGUGUUUCGCUGAUUUUCCAGCUUCCGUAA